UAUUAUCUCCAGGCUGGCAUAGAUGGAGAAAGCAUUGGGAACUGUCCAUUCUCACAGCGUCUUUUCAUGAUACUUUGGCUCAAAGGAGUUGUAUUCAAUGUAACCACAGUUGACCUGAAAAGAAAGCCAGCUGAUUUACAUAAUUUAGCUCCUGGAACCCACCCACCAUUCCUGACUUUUAACGGAGAAGUCAAGACAGAUGUCAACAAGAUUGAGGAAUUUUUGGAGGAAACCCUUUCACCUCCAAAAUAUCCUAAGCUUGCAGCCAAGCAUCGUGAAUCUAAUACUGCAGGCAUAGAUAUAUUCUCCAAAUUCUCUGCAUUUAUAAAAAACACAAAGCAGCAGGACAAUAACAAUCUUGAGAGAGGGUUAACAAAGGCUUUGAAGAAGCUGGAUGACUAUCUGAGAAAUCCUUUGCCCGAAGAGAUAGAUGCAAGCAACUCAGAAGAGGAAAGAGUGUCAAAACGCAAGUUCCUUGAUGGGGAUGAGCUGACCCUUGCUGACUGUAACCUCCUGCCCAAGCUUCAUGUGGUCAAGAUUGUAACAAAGAAAUACCGAAAUUAUGAAUUCCCAGCAGAGAUGACGAGACUUUGGCAAUACCUGAGCAAUGCUUAUGCUCGGGAUGAAUUCAUCAACACUUGCGCUGCAGACAAAGAGAUUGAAAUAGCUUAUGCAGAAGUAGCUAAACGGCUUUGCAAAUCCUAAUCAGAAUCAGCAAGAUCCAUUUCUCCACAGAAUUCCUGUUUCAUAGAUGCUUCUCCAUAAAUGCCUUCAAACUUGUAUGUAUGAAUGGAUGGGUAUUUGAUAACUUUGAUAAAGUUGGUAACUUUGCUAGAUGGCAUCUUGAGUGAUAUGUCACUGAUGAAAUACUGGGAGAAGACAGUUUGGAAUAGAGAAAGCACAAGCAGAACUCCAAACUAUUAUGUUUUAUUAUUUAUGAUUUGGCUGGAGUGGUGGGAGGGAAAAAACCCCUUCCCUUUUCCUAGAGAAAAUGUAGGAUAGUAAAGGAUAGGAAAAAACAUUUCUGAAAUAUUUACCAAUAAACUGGAAUAAAUAGUGUAUGAUCGGUGUUUUGAUAGCAUUUGAUUUUAUUCAUAUACUUUGACUAAAAAUAUAAAGGCAAAUAUAAUUUUACCUUGUUUCUUUGCAAACUUUUUUCAGGUACAAUGACUAUGAUCUGUUUGCAAAUACACUGCAAAUAGGGUUGGGAACCUUAAAUUUGGAGGGAAAAUAGGGAUGACGGUAAGAAAAUGUGUAUCUUAAGCAGAGUGUUGCUUAAGGACUAUUUAGCAUAACUUAGGGCCUUCCAAAAUGUGUUCCAUCCACCCCAGAUAGCAUGGCCUGUAUUAAAGCUAAUGGGAAUCAUAACCCAAGUAUAUCUGGUGUGGUACUGGUUGCUCAUCUCUACAGGUUCAAAAGAAAGGCUUAAAGGCCUCUUUGGAAGCACAAUCUUUCCACCUAUGUUUAGGUAAAAGUAAUAAAAUGCCACUGAACAAGACUGAGUGAAUACUAUAGUUAGAGAUGUUCACGCAUCUGCUUUUCUUCCAUGUCAAAGACUGAAGCACUGAAAUAGUGAUUCAAAAUGUUUAUGUGUUUUCAUGACUUGGGAGAUGUUAGAAGGAGUGAUAGAAGGAACAGGGACCCAGUUCAUCUUAAAAAGAUAAGUAAAUUCAGAUUCCGAAUCAAGCUAUCAUCAGGAGCAUGCCAAGAUUUCUCCCAAUAAUGCUAGAUGCUGCAUAAGAAUUCCCCAAAACAUUGCUAUUUUUUGUCUCUGCAUUUCCAUGUUGACAGAUAUAUAACAAAUGACCUCACACUGGUAGCUAACCUCAGUCCAUCCUAUUUUAUAUCAUGAUACAUUCAGUGAUCUCACAAAUGUUCUGAACUUUAUUAUUUUGUGAUACAUGCAGCCUUUGCAGAAAGAGUUGUGCUUUAAGACAAUGACUGCUUUGUUCUGUCAAUUGCUCACCACUGUAUUAUUUUCUUGUAAUGAAAUGUAGAGGUUGUAGUUCAUAUUCUCUGGCACUUUGCAAGAGAAAAAAUUGAAUAUGAUAUAGCAGGACUGCCAAGUAAGUUGGACAACAUCCACUUGCACUCCUUUAACUUCAAUAAAGGAGACAUUCAAUUUUUCUAUUAUUUUCUUUAAGCCAUACAGAAAAAGAAAGAUUUUUGUUUGUAAAAUAAUGGUAAAUGUUUUAUGUGAGACCAGGCUCGUAUACAUAAGUGAUGUGGUGUAUAAGACUAGGAAACUGGCCUCACGUCCCAGCCAGCUGUGAAGUUCAAGGGGCAGAUCAGAAGAAAUCACAUUCAUGCUCUCCAGUCUUGUGAAAAUAUAUGAUGGAAUAUAUAUGCGAUAAAUAAGUAUGCACAAUUCCAGAUAUCAAGGAGCAGAUAUAUUGAAAUAUAUCUGUUUUUAUGUAAAACUAAAGUGAAUUGCCAUGGACCAUCUGAAAGCCUUGGAUGCUGUGCCCAGGUCCCCUCCCAAAGUUGGUUCCGAAUUCGAAUUUUCAGUGUGUGGGAAAGGAUUUUUAAAAAAUUACAU